GACAGGUCGUCUUCUGUGACCGAGAUCUGGCCUCAUGGGCUGUGAGGAUCUUUUUACAUGACAUUGCAAAGGCCUUAGAUGCAACGUACCAACGGUCAACUUUAUAGCUAAUGUGGUACCAUCCAGGUCGGCGUUCGGCGCAAACGGCCUCCAUGAGCGUUUUCGAGCAUCCUCAACGGUGGCCAAGGACGCCGACCCGCCGAUCUAACCUCUGCGACAAUGCGACAAAUGGGCUGAACGGGCUGCUCAACGGGCCACUAUGGAGCUCGAUCCACGCCUGAGGGGUGUCUCACAUGACGGCACCGCCCAAGACCGCCUACACGACGUCAACAACCCUCGUGAUCCCCAGCGUCCCGACAUUGUCGCAGAACACGACGAUGGCGCCACGCCGGAUCCGAAGCGACAGCGCGCGUGCGACAGCUGCCGUGGUCUCAAGGUGCGAUGCGAUCCGGACGAGGACGAAAAGGAGCCGUGCAGGCGCUGUCGCAAGGCGGGCAGGAAGUGCAUCGUGACGCCCCCCGCCCGGAAGAGGCAGAAGAAGACGGAUAGCAGGGUGUCCGACCUCGAGAAGAAGAUCGAUGCCCUGACGGCCAGUCUGCAGGCCAACAGGAGUGGCUCGGCUGGGGCCGAUGCGGCGGUGGACUAUGACUACCACCGCGCAGGCUCGGCGCACCAGGCCAGCCCCUACCAUGCGAGCGCGAGACGAGAGAGCGCAGAAACCUCAGGGACACCCGUGCACCGCCGGUCUGCGGUCGACGAGUUCCGCGACAGGGAGAGGUCGCAUGGCGCAAGUGGCUCCAUGGGACAUGCCGAGCCUCAUGGCGUCAAGAGGAAGCAUCCGGAGAGGUCGAUGAGCCAGGACGACGAGCUGCAUCGUCCAAAGGAGUCGCCCAUGUCGAGAGCAUUGCCUUCGCCUUGGAUACGCCCGGACCAGGGCGAUGUCAUCGAUCGGGGCUUGAUGAAUCUCGAGCUGGCCCAGGAGCUGUUUGUGCGGUAUGCGGAUCACAUGGCACCACAAUUCCCCGCCGUCAUCUUCCCACCGAGUCAGAGCGUCUCGGAGCUACGCAGGACGAGGCCCGUCCUGUUCCUGGCCGUCAUGGCUGCCGCCUCGUCGGAGAUACAAGCGCUCCAGGCCGAACUCCAGCGCGAGCUGAUGAUGGUAUUUGCCGAAAAGGUCUUCCUGUCCGGUGAAAAGUCCGUGGAGAUUGUGCAAGGGCUCCUCGUCGCGACAGCCUGGUACUGGCCGCCGGAGCACUUUGAGGAGCUCAAGUUCUACCAGCUGGUCCACGUCGCCGCCGUCAUGGCCAUCGACAUUGGCCUGGGGAAGAAGAGCGCCCCCCUCCGAUCAGAAGCAUCCAUGCACAACUUCAGCCAGCCCUGGCGCGCCAGCAAGAACUUGGCUGUAGACCCGGCCUCGAUGGAAGGUCGACGGACGUGGCUCGCCUGUUACUACAUGACGUCCAACACGUCCAUCUCCCUGCAUCGGCCCAACCUGGUGCGCUGGUCGCCCUUCAUGUCGGAAAGCCUCGAGCUGUUAAAAACGUCACCCGACGCUGCCCCGUCCGACCAGUACUUCUGUCACCUGGUGGCGCAGCAUCGCCUAAGCGAGGACAUUGGCGAGCAAUUUCUGAUGCACGACCCUACCCGGAACGUAGACAUCAACGACCCCAGGACGCAGUACUCUCUCAAGGUACUCGAGAGGGAUCUGGAAAAGUGCCUUUCGGGUGUUCCUGAGGCCCUCCAGCAACCGACCAUGAAGAUUGGGCACAACAUGCUCAGUCUGUAUCUGCACGAGAUCGCUCUGCGUACGACCAACCACCGCGCACCGCACAUUGAGCUGCGUCCGCCGUUCAAUACCGAAACCUUCAAGGAGGGCGUCGGACUGUCGGCCGAACCCCUGUCCGCAUCGCACAUCAGCGCCGUAUCGGCUUGCCUGAGCGCUGUCGACGGCAUCUUCACCACUUUUCUCGGCAUGGACGUGGUUGAAAUUCGGUACCUGCCCGUCUUCAAUCUUGUCCGUGUCGCCUACGCCAUCGUCAUCCUCGUCAAAAUGUACUUUUCCGCGUCAAGCCCAGGGUCGGAGCUGGGUAAAGUCAUCAGCAAGGGCAACUUACGGGUCGAGUGGUACCUCGACGCCCUGAUAGACAAGUUUCGCCAAACCGCGGCUGACGAUCGAUGCCGUCCAGCGUCCAAGUUUCUUUCCGUCAUGUCGAUGCUCAAGAGCUGGUUCAUCAAACAGGAGAAGGCCGAGCAGGAGGGCGGUGCUGCCCACGCGGCGCGGACAAUGUCGCCUCACGAGCAGAGCCAUCAUACCUCCAACCUGCAUGUCUUGUCCGAGGUCGCCACGAGUAAUGCCUCGCCGGCGAACAGACCAUCGCAUGCGUCACACACCUCGGACUUCCGGCCUCCCCCGCCUCCGCCAUACUUCAACCAGGAUGCCACGGCGACGGGGACACCACCGCACUCCCAGCAGCAGCACCAGCCGAUGCAGCCGUUCCCCGACUGGUCAGGCCAGCAACAAAUGACGCCGCACCAAAUGGACAUGAACCUCAUGGGCCCUGCCAUGGGACUCGACAUGAACAGGCCGCCCCUCGCGCCAGAGUCGCAAGACAACGGGGCGCGGAUCAUGCUGGCCGAGCCGUGGUUCGGAGACGUAUUCAGAGGCUUCCAAGAGUUCCAGGACAACACGGGACCCAUGUUUCCCUUCUGAGAUGGGCAUUGGCUCUCCUUUGCAGACCAAAAUCUCACAGGUUCUACACACUGCAUUUUACAUAUGUAGCCUGCUCAGGCAGCAUCAUUAACGCAUAGCGAUCACGAGAUAACGUUUCAAUUUACAUAAAGUAAAUCUGCCAUGCUCAUUCUCCGAUUCAAAGACGACACAGCAUAGUAACCUGACGUAACAAUCCUUGCAUCCCGAAGUCUCCCUGAAACGCCUGAUGUUCGGUUGUGUCACUGAAAUAAGUCCAAUGGAAUCCUGUGCAAUCGCGAUAUCGAAACAACUGUCGUCUCGU